GUAGCAAGGAUAAAGAUCCAUUGACUUUUUGUCCCCCGGGAAGGAGUACCGAAAUUCGUUCCUCUUCCUCCCCCUCCUCUCCAUUCUACUCUCAAAUCCCUACCAUUCAUCAGUCUCCAAUUGUUCUCUCCCCUGAAUGCAAACGUCUUUUUUUCUCAUCCAGCCAACAUAUCGAUAAACUUGGACUUCCAUCCUCUACAAGUACUUGCAGCUUGUAAACACGAACCACAUACCACAAGCCGAGCCAUGAACACGGACUACUGGCAACUCUCAGGCGCCUUCGGCCUCUGGGUCCGCGCCUGCAUCCGAAUCCUCCAGUUCGUCUUCGCCAUCGUCACGAUAGGCCUCUACGCCGCCACUCUCGCCUCCUGGAAUACCCUCCCGACAGAAAACCUCAGUAGGACAAACUGGAUCUACGCGCUCGUCCCAGCCGUCCUCUCGGCGCUGACGUGCGCCUACCACGUCUUCGCGACAGUCACACACGCCGCCUGGUCCGUAUGGGACUUUGGGCUGGCCGUCCUCUGGGCCGCGCUGUGCGGCCUGUCUUCUGCCAUUGUUGUGGGCGGCGAGAAGAGUAUCAACGUCACGGGCGAUGUCAAGUCCAGGCUUGCUGCGGGUGCUUGGAUCGCGGGAAUUAGUAUGUUGCUGUGGCUACUGAGCUCUGUUCACGGGUGCGCAUUCUGUUGCGCGUCGAGGAAGAUGAAAAGGACGGUGAAGAAGCAGGAGGCGGAAGGGGAUAAGCUUGAAUUAGAGGGUCUUCCGAAUAGUCGGGAAGAGAACGUUUAGAUGGACUGAGGGGUUCGGACUAAUAUGCAACACACACAGGCACGGCGUUGGAUUUGUUGGCGAAAAACGGGUGAUCACUGGAAGGCAUAUAGAGAUUUAUCGAGUUUUGGAAGCAAGACAGCUCGUGAGACUGAGCAAAGCACAUUUUAAUUCUGGCAAUAUCCGG